UCUAGAUUAGUGAGCUAUGGUUUCUCCUAAUCCACUAGCCGCUCUCAGUCUCUCUUACCUUCUACUAACUUGGUUUCUAUGUCUAGCUGUGGAAGCAGUUGGUUCUUCUUCUCCCAAUACCACCAAAAUUGGCCAGGGCUACCGUUUGAUAUCUAUUGAAAAUACCCCUGAUGGUGCCCUUGUGGGACACCUUCAAGUUAAGCAGAAGAACGAUAUCUAUGGUCCUGACAUUCCCAUUUUACUCCUCUAUGUCAAGCACGAGACUGGGAACCGUUUGAGGGUACACAUCACUGAUGCAAAGAAUCAAAGGUGGGAGGUUCCCUACAACCUUUUACCACGGGAAAUACCACGGGUUCUGAAGCAGAAUGUUAGGAGGUUGAGGAAGACCACAUUAUCAGUGUCAGAGUACUCUGGCUCUGAGCUUGUCUUCAGCUACACUUCAGACCCGUUUAGCUUUGCAGUGAAAAGGAAGUCCAAUGGGGAUACCAUUUUUUACUCCAAUUCUAAUGAGUCAGACCCAUUUGGUCCAUUGGUCUUCAAGGACCAAUACCUUGAAAUUUCUACCAAAUUACCCAAAGAUGCUUCUUUGUAUGGUUUGGGAGAGAACACACAGCCACACGGGAUCAAGCUGUAUCCAAAUGACCCUUAUACUUUGUAUACCACUGAUGUAUCAGCCAUUAAUCUCAAUACUGAUCUAUACGGGUCACACCCUGUAUACAUGGAUCUCAGAAAUGGUGGUGGCAAAGCUUAUGCUCAUGCUGUUCUGUUGCUGAAUAGCAAUGGAAUGGAUGUGUCUUACAGAGGAACCUCUCUGACAUACAAGAUUAUUGGAGGGAUACUCGAUUUUUACUUUUUUGCUGGGCCCACGCCACUGCAUGUUGUUGAUCAGUACACUUCCUUAAUUGGCAGACCAGCUCCAAUGCCUUACUGGGCUUUCGGAUUCCAUCAAUGCAGAUGGGGCUAUCACAACCUAUCUGUUGUGGAAGAUGUUGUGGAGAAUUACAACAAGGCUAAAAUCCCACUUGAUGUGAUUUGGAAUGAUGAUGAUCACAUGGAUGGCCACAAGGACUUUACACUCAAUCCAUUGAACUACCCUCGUUCAAAACUUUUAAACUUUUUGGACAAAAUACACAGCAUUGGCAUGAAAUACAUUGUCAUCAUUGAUCCCGGAAUUGCUGUUAACUCCAGUUAUGGUGUAUAUCAAAGGGGUAUGGCUGAUGAUGUUUUUAUCAAGUACGAAGGAGAACCCUUCUUGGCUCAAGUGUGGCCAGGAGCGGUAUAUUUUCCUGAUUUUCUCAAUCCAAAAACAGUUUCUUGGUGGGGUGAUGAGAUUCGCCGCUUCCAUGAACUUGUCCCUGUUGAUGGCCUCUGGAUUGACAUGAAUGAAGCUUCAAACUUCUGCUCAGGAAAGUGCACAAUUCCAAAGGGAAAAGUGUGCCCGAGUGGAACAGGACCUGGAUGGGUAUGUUGCUUGGAUUGCAAAAACAUCAAAAGCACACGAUGGGAUGAUCCUCCCUACAAAAUUAACGCUUCUGGAGUACAGGCCCCGGUAGGCUUCAAAACUAUAGCCACUAGUGCAGUUCACUAUAAUGGUGUUUUGGAGUACGAUGCUCAUAGUAUUUAUGGUUUUUCUCAAGCCAUUGCAACUCACAAGGCCCUUCAAGGGCUUCAAGGAAAAAGGCCUUUCAUUUUGUCCCGCUCUACUUAUGUUGGUUCAGGCAAAUAUGCUGCACAUUGGACUGGUGACAAUAAGGGCACAUGGGAGGACUUGAGGUAUUCAAUAUCUACAAUGCUCAAUUUUGGAAUUUUUGGGGUGCCAAUGGUGGGUUCAGAUAUAUGUGGUUUCUAUCCAGCACCCACUGAAGAGCUUUGCAAUCGAUGGAUUGAAGUUGGUGCUUUCUACCCUUUCUCAAGGGACCAUGCAAACUACUACUCCCCUAGACAGGAGCUUUACCAAUGGGACUCAGUAGCUGAGUCAGCUAGAAAUGCUUUGGGUAUGAGAUAUAAGCUCCUCCCAUAUCUAUACACCCUUAACUAUGAGGCUCAUAUUAGUGGAGCUCCAAUUGCCAGGCCUCUUUUCUUCUCAUUUCCAACUUACACUGAAUGUUAUGGCCUCAGCACCCAGUUCUUGCUGGGGAGCAGUCUAAUGAUUUCUCCGGUGCUUGAACAAGGAAAAACACAAGUUAAUGCACUCUUCCCUCCUGGAACCUGGUACAGUUUGUUUGAUUUAACUCAGACCAUUGUAUCAAAAGGUGGAAACUAUGUUACCCUGGAUGCACCUCUGCAUGUGGUGAAUGUGCAUUUGUAUCAAAAUACCAUUCUUCCAAUGCAACAGGGUGGAAUGGUAUCUAAGGAUGCUAGAAUGACACCCUUUAGCCUCAUUGUGGCCUUCCCAGCUGGUGCAACUGAAGGAGAAGCUAAAGGAAACCUAUUCCUAGAUGAUGAUGAGCUGCCAGAAAUGCAGCUUGGAAAUGGGUAUUCAACCUACAUUGAUUUGCAUGCAUCUAUCAAAGAAGGAAUGGUGAAAGUUUGGUCACAAGUCCAAGAUGGCAAGUUCGCUUUGGAUAAAGGUUGGGUUAUUGACACUAUAAAUGUGUUGGGAUUGAAAGGAAAUGGAUCACUACCUACAAUUAAGAUGGAUGGAGAACCAUCUAUGGGUGUCUCAAAUGUGCAAAUUAGUACAUCUGAACAAAAGUACUUACACGGGCAGGGAGACACAGAAAAGAUAUUGAUGGUAGGAUUGAAAGGCUUGAAUAUUCCUUUAGGCAAAAACUUUGCCAUGACAUGGAAGAUGAGAUCAUAAGUUGAGAUAGUCUCACCUUGAUUGAGAUUUGUAACUUUCUUUUAUGUUUAUUAAUCUUAUUAGCAUCGUUG